GCAGAGCCGGCAGCGGCGGCGGGCUCAGGCUCUCGGCGCGGCAUGGGGGAGGCCAGUGACAUGGACAGCGGGAUCGUGCUGCACUCGGGCCCUGACAGCCCGGUGUGCCCCCCGAAGGAGAGGGUGCUGGUGGGGCAGCGGCAGCAGCAGGCACUGGAGGCCCAGCUUGAUGGCUGCAUCCAGGAGCUGCGACAGCUGUGCCUGCGUGAGGCGGAGCUGACGGGGACCCUGCCCUGCGAGUACCCCCUGAAAGCUGGCGAGAAGCCCCCCAAGGUCCGUCGCAGGAUCGGGGCUGCCUUCAAGCUGGAUGAGAUCGCCGUUCUGCGUGGGGUGGACCCUCUGGAACGGGAGCGGGCGCUGCAGCUGCAGAUUGCCGAGGCCGCCCGCCGGCUCUGCCGCGAGGAGAACAUCGGCCGGCAGGUGCGGAAGAGGCGGCAGACGGCAGCACUCCGGGAGGAGCAGAAGCUGCGGGAUCUGGAGCAGGUCCUGAGCCAGCGGCGGCUGCUGGCAGGGCAGCGGGACAUCAGUACCGCCAAGGAGCUCAGUGCCUCCGACGGGAGCUCCAUGUUUGACACUGGCCUGCUGGAGGAGGAGGACACACAGCCACCAGGGCCUGCCACUCCACAGAGGUCCCCAUCUCCCAAGGACCCCACCAAGGAGGAGGAGGAGAAGUCAGGGCUUCUGGUGCCCCCCCACAUUCCCUGUCAGGAGACCAGCCUAGACAGAUCCUACGAGAGGACCAAAAAUCCCAGCGUUGACCCUGAGGAUGGGGAAACCCAGAGCUCCCAAUGCUGUCUUGGGUCCCUGAUGGCUGCCCCUGCCAGCUCCUUGGCCCCCAGCAGCCCUGACUCUGCAAGCCCCCCAGUGUCCAGGACAGGCGACCCUCCCUACCGGUUUAUCCCCAUUCGGACCCUGGUGCUGUGCCAGCAGGCAGGUUCCAGUGCUCCCAGCACCCCUGAGCCAUCAGGACGGCAGGGACAGACCCAAUCUCUGAGGGUGGACCCAUGCUGGCAGCCAGCUGAGCCACGGGGCCGCAGCGCCGCACCCCGCCGGCGCCCUACCUACUACACAGUCACUGUGCCCACCUCCUGCAUUCUGACCCCCGGCCCUGCGUGCCGCUCUGGCUCCGAUGACAGCAUCUCCGACCUCUCCAGCAUCUCCCACGCCACCUCCCUGGGCAGUAGCAGCCCUGACAUGUCCUUUGCAGUUCCGCUGCCCCUUGCUGAGCCUGGUUACUACCCACGGGGUGCCCUCCAGCUCCUGCCACCUGCUGGCCCCCUGACUUUCCUGUAUGAGCAGGAUCUGGCCCCACUGCGGUACCAGCGCCUGGUGCCCUCCCGUAGCCGCAUCGUGCGCACCCCCUCGCUCAAAGACUACACGCCCGCCGGGGCCCGGGGGGUCUCCAAGGCUGCCGUCACCGAGGAGCUCAAGUCAUGGCACCAACGUGCCCGGCUGAGGAGUGCCCGGCCCCACUCCCUUGACCGGCAAGGGGCUUUCCAGAGACCCCAUGGUGGGACCACCAGGGACAUGCCCAUUGCUCAUGGAAUCCUGUCACUGGUUCAGGGUCCCCCGGUGCAGGUGCUGCGGCGCUCAGCAGCCGGCGUGCCCGUGCAGGUCUACAUGCCCGAGAAUGGUGAGAUUGUCACCCAAGUGUGAGUGCCGUGUCCUCACCCCGGGGCGGGGGCACAUCCUGGCUGGCCCAGGGGCGGCAGGGACAUCUCAUGCUUCCCCACCCCGGCGUGGGGGCACAGGAGGGAGCCACAGUGGGGUGGCAAGGGCUGGCCCCCACCCUGUGUUCCCUCACUGGCACUGCAAUGCUGAUAGGGACACUGUGACCCCAGUGCUUAUGGUGACCUUGGUGUCACCACGACCCUGAAUUUGAGGUUCUGGUCUCUAAUAAAAGUGGU